GCCAAAGUGCAUCUUCCCUCUAAAGAGACUCGUUCUGGCGGAAGAUGGCGAACGUUCUGCUGGAGUUCAAGGCGUCUGCCGCGGACUCAGAACCGCAGAACCGGCCGGUCCUCAUCGUCGGCCAGCUCGCUAACCUGCAACAGAUCAACUGGACCCAGGUGAAAGGAAAACUGCAGCCGGUGGUCACCAAAGAGAUAUGGCAGGCAGCAUUGGCCUCUCUGAAUCCCAACCCUACAGAUAGCUGUCCGCUGUAUUUGAGUUUUGCAGCCGUGGGGGCCCUUCCUUCACGAGUCAGUCGUCACAACAGCCCAUCAUCUGCACACUUCCUCACCCGCCUCGUCCGAACCUGCCUGCCCGCCGGCAACAACCGAUGCAUUGUGAUGGUGUGUGAGCGCUCUGAUGUGUUUGCAUCAGCGUGUGCCAUUGCCCGAGCUUUCCCGCUCUUCACCCGCCGUUCAGCAUCUUCUCGCAGGACAGAGAAGAAGCACGUCACUGUGGAAUUUGUGACUGUGGGUCAGGACAACGGCCCACUUGAGGUCUCCACACUAGAGUGUCUUGCCAGUGCAGCGGAUGGAGUUCGUCUGGCUGCUCGAAUUGUGGACACUCCAUGCAGUGAAAUGAAUACUGAUGACUUCCUGGAGGAAAUCAAGGCAGUGGGGAAUGAAUUAGGCAUCACUCCAACUAUAAUUCGAGGAGAGGAACUGAAACAAAAGGGCUUUGGAGGUAUCUAUGGAGUUGGUAAAGCUGCCCAGCAUCCUCCUGCAUUGGCUGUGCUCAGCCACACUCCCUCAGGAGCCACACAGACCAUCGCCUGGGUGGGCAAAGGCAUUGUGUAUGACACCGGCGGUCUCAGCAUCAAGGGCAAAACCACAAUGCCAGGAAUGAAGAGAGACUGUGGAGGAGCCGCAGCCAUUUUAGGAGCUUUUAAAGCUGCUGUUAGACAGGGCUUUAAGGACAAUCUUCAUGCAGUUUUCUGCCUGGCUGAGAACUCAGUGGGACCUACAGCCACUCGACCAGAUGAUAUACACACUCUCUACUCUGGAAAAACAGUGGAGAUAAACAACACGGAUGCUGAAGGGAGGCUGGUGCUCUCUGAUGGUGUUGUAUAUGCGAACAAAGAUCUCUCUGCAGACAUCAUACUGGACAUGGCCACACUGACCGGUGCUCAGGGAAUCUCCACGGGGAAGUAUCACGCUGCGGUGAUGACCAACAGUGAGCAGUGGGAAGCAGCUUGUGUGAGAGCGGGCCGCAGCAGUGGAGACCUGGCACAUCCUCUGGUCUACUGCCCUGAGCUUCACUUCAGUGAAUUCACCUCCGCUGUGGCUGACAUGAAGAACUCUGUGGCGGACCGUGAGAAUGCGCAGAGCUCUUGUGCUGGCCUCUUCAUUGGCUCUCAUCUGGGUUUUGAUUGGCCAGGCAUUUGGGUACAUGUGGACAUCGCUUCACCAGUCCACGCUGGGGAGCGAGCCACUGGUUUCGGUGUGGCUAUGCUCUUGGCUCUGUUUGGCCAGGCAUCUGAGGACGCUUUGCUCAACUCUGUGUCCCCUUUGGGUGCCGCCACAGCCAAAACUGCCUCUGAAGACCAGAUGGAGAGAGACUGCAAGAGGAGAAGACUUGUCUAAGAUGAUUUCCAACUGUUCUUGAUCUUCAAAACUAUUAAAUAUCAGUCACGUCUUGUACAUGUUCUUUCACAAAGGUUGUAUCCAUUAGACACACACACACCCCUUGCUUUACCCCGUCCUGUACGGACCACCUCAGAUAACCUCCCUCAGUAAAGCUUAUACACCUAGUAAUGAAUUUAAUGAAAAGUGCAACAAUGUCUCAGUGUUUUGUAAUGUACAUGUGAAUAUCUUUCAGUUUGCCAUAGGGAAUGUUGCAGAAACAGCAAGAGGCUUGAAGUAUGUCAGCAAAUACUGUACUGGGGUCUUCAACAUCUUUUCUUUUUCAAUCAGAAAGUGUUUAAAAUGCAAUCAUUUGAUUGAUAAAUGAUGACACGAUACCGAUGUUAGUGAUGUUUUUGACUCUAAAUGUGUGCUGGCGAUAUUCAAUGUUGAUGCCAAUUUUGUAAGUGUGGCAAAUGAAGAAAAUGGAAAUUUGAAUGACAAAAAACAAGUAAAUAGUCAAAAAAAAAAGGCAUUUGUUCAAAUUUAUUUUCUCUGCUAUAUGUCUGCAAAUACUCAGAAAAUCUAAAGAUUGUGACAUCAUCAACAUUUCAAUGCAAAGGGCAAUAACAUCACAAUCAAUUUCUCACCACCAAUUAAACUUUCAAAUUAACAUUAAAA